GCGGGCGAGGAGCGUGAGGCGGGCCGCCUGAGAGAGCGGCGUCGCCGCGGCCAUUGGCGGGUGGCGCUGCCAUGGCGCUCUCCGGGGCGCCCCUCAAGGUUUGCAUCGUGGGCUCGGGGAACUGGGGUUCUGCGGUUGCCAAAAUAGUAGGCAAUAAUGUAAAAAAACUGCAAAAGUUUGCUUCCACAGUGAAGAUGUGGGUUUUUGAGGAGAAUAUUAAUGGAAGAAAACUGACGGAUAUCAUAAAUAAUGAACACGAAAAUGUAAAAUAUCUUCCUGGAUACAAGCUGCCGGAUAAUGUGGUUGCUGUACCAAAUCUUAAUGAAGCUGUACGGGAUGCAGACUUGCUGGUUUUUGUCAUUCCUCAUCAGUUCAUUCAUAAAGUCUGCGAUGAAAUCACAGGACGAGUACCCAAGAAAGCGCUCGGUAUUACUCUCAUAAAGGGAAUAGAUGAAGGCCCGGAGGGACUCAAACUGAUCUCUGACAUUAUUCGAGAGAAGAUGGGAAUAGACAUCAGCGUGCUGAUGGGAGCUAACAUUGCCAAUGAGGUCGCAGCAGAGAAAUUCUGUGAAACCACAAUAGGCAGCAAAAUCUUGGAAAACGGCCUUCUCUUCAAAGAACUCCUGCAGACUCCAAACUUCCGAAUAACGGUAGUAGACGAUGCAGAUACAGUUGAGCUUUGUGGUGCUUUGAAGAAUAUAGUAGCAGUAGGCGCUGGGUUCUGUGAUGGCCUUGGCUGUGGUGACAAUACCAAAGCUGCUGUUAUUCGCCUUGGCCUAAUGGAGAUGAUUGCCUUUGCCAGAGUUUUUUGCAAAGGACAGGUGUCUACUGCCACUUUCCUGGAGAGCUGUGGAGUUGCUGAUCUCAUCACAACGUGUUACGGUGGCCGGAAUCGACGUGUAGCAGAAGCAUUUGUUAAAACUGGAAAGUCUAUUGAAGAAUUGGAGCAAGAAAUGUUGAAUGGUCAGAAACUGCAAGGACCACAGACUUCUGCAGAAGUGUAUCGCAUUCUCAAGCAGAAAGGAAUGCUGGAAAAGUUUCCACUAUUCACUGCCGUCUAUCAAAUCUGCUACGAAGGGAAGCCUGUCAGAGAGAUGAUAUCCUGCCUUCAGAGUCAUCCAGAGCACCUAUGAAAUCAAUCAGGCCGUUGUGCUAAUGCAGCUUUCUGCCUUUCCAAUUGAUAUUGGGGUUCAAGUGGAUGGAUCGUGAAGCUUCCUUCAAAGCUGCUCGCUCGGCACCAGCACCAACGGGAAUGUCUCCGGAUGGGUAUUGGGUUUUGUUUCACAGCGUAGUUUGCCAUUAGCAUGCAGUGUUGCCUUGGUGAUUGUCCUUUUACUGCCUAAAAUAACAGCUGUUUUUAAGAUGCGCCAUGCAAAAGUUGCACUACAUAUCUAGUGUAUAUACACAGGUGUACUUUGUGUGUGUUCCUACACCAUAAACCACAAUGUUUUGUUGUCUCUUACUAAGGCCUAGUCCAAAAUCCACUGGACACCGUGGGAAGAAUCCCUCUGGUUUUGAUGAAGACUGAAUCAAGCCUGUAACCUUGAAAUAUUAGGAGUCUUUCUAUUAGGAGUUGGUUUUACUCAGCAUACAGGUUGAAAUUUUAACAUUUUGCAUGUUUAGGAUUACGUUAAUUUAAGCAAUAUUAAUGCAAAACAAGUGGUAGCAGUUAUUCAGGGGGCUACAGGGGUAUUUUAAUGACGUCUGAUGAAGAAUAUUUUGAUUUUUGAAAGUCUUUAAAACUGUCAGACUAUUUUGAAACCAAUUUCUAAGUGAAUUUAAAGUUUUUAAUUACACUGGUUUAAAGGGAAUAUUCUAGAGGGGGAUCAUUACCUCCCCUUCUGAUUUUUAAUCCUUGCAUUUUUGUAUUUCUCCGUUUCUCCCUUGCUGUUCCCAAGACUUAGGCUCUUCUGGAAUCCUAUUCCCCCAACCAAGUAGGAGACAGUGACCUGGGGAUUCUGGAGGCUGGAGCCUAGGGUGCAUUUUAGUGCUGUACCUGGGGUCGUUCUUCCCUGGUAUUUUUGGUGGGUGGGGAAGGAUGCUCUUGGGUAUCGCUGCUCCGAAUUGUCAUGGUGUCUUUCUGGCUGAACCGUCAGCUGCAAAGUGUUGCACUCCACACAACACUCCCAGGAACGUUUGGGGAACUCCCUGAUAGAUCAUGCUCGUGUUGUCAAAGGGUUAUGUGCCAGUACACUGACUGCAGGCAUUUCAGUGCCUGCCAGUGACUGACAUCAACUGGACCGUAGUCCUGAACCACCAGAAAUUCUGAAUUCUGAAGUUACUCUUUCACUGGGUAAAGCUUCAGUGGGUGCUGGAUCAAGCCCUUUAUGACC